AUGGCUGAGAAGCGCAAGCUUCCACCGCGCGAGCGACGCGAACCCGCCAAAAGACGUGUCUCCGAGGCCACGCCGCAAUCACACCGGAAGAAGGCGCCCACACCACGCGCUCCAUCUCCAGUAGAUGCGCCUUUGCCGACAAAGAUCAAAGAUGCAGACGUUUUACCUAUUGUCCGCACGCGACAGCCUGAAAAUCUCUCGGACAAAGAAUAUCAAUCUAUCGCUGAAAGUGCCGUCCUCUUAACCUCUCUCGAACGGUCAAAGAAAAAAUGGCUGAGCGAUGGCAUUCUCGUUCGCUAUUACACUAAACCCAAGAAAACAAAGCGCGAACAGACCGAAAAGAAGAACCCAUCGAAGGAGUCUAUGCUCAAAAUCGGCCCAUGCGACGUCACCAUCGGACCCCAUCUAUUUGACGCCAUGAUUUACGUUGUUAAGGACCCUAAUGCGCCUCCAUCAUUGCAAUACACCGCCCCUCAACGACCUCCCGGCGUUCAAUGGGGCGUUCCCCAUACCCCAUACCGACCCUACGGCUCCCCGUCGACCGCGCAACGACCCGCUCAAUAUUCACCGGCCCCGGCCGGGCGACCUGGAUACCCAGGCAGUCAGCCCUCGCCGCAACAAAACCGACCGAACCAAAGCAAUACGCCGUCAUCUCAAGGGGGACAGCGGCCAGCGCAGGGACAAAAGGGCCCGAACGGCCAGCCAGCCAAGCCCAGUCCAGACCCUGUGAUUCAGAUGCUGGCCACAAGAGCAGCUGCGGACCCUGAUCUCAAGGCACUGAUGCGUGUUGUAGCAUCGAGCCAGGCUUCGCAGGAACAGCUCCGGGCUUUCCAGGCACACAUCGACGAAUUGAAUGCGAUCAUCAAAUCCCGAGAGCAGCAAGAACAGCGACAACAAUCAGCGACAGGGACGCCCACUCCAGCGCCUCAAUCACAGUCUACACCCCAACCCCCACAGAAGCAAGAAGGUUCGGAGAAGCCAACCCCUGCGGCGCAAACACCUUCAACCACCGACCCGGUGAAGGUUAAGGAAGAACCCACACCCAAGAGCGUGGCUCCGUCUCAACCAAAACCGUCCAGCACAGUGCCAGCAGCCGCGCCGCCUCAGCCUGCGACUCCCGGUCCUUCAACCGUCCCACCCGCUGGGCCAACACCGGCACCUCCCCAGCAAACUCCGGCCAUACAGCCUACGCCACCAGCACCAGCUGGGACACCACAGUCUGCAACACGCCCAAUACCCCCUCAUCCUUCUUUCCAGCAACCCUCCUAUGGAACCCAACCUCCCAUUCAAUCCCGGCCCCCAUUCUACGGUGCACCUGGCCAGUUCCCCCGGCCCCCGCCAAUGCCCGUUGCCCCACCGCGUGUAAACUACAAGUCUGUAGUGUUCGAAUUUACAUCCCCAUUGACGCCAUACGGAAGCAGCACCUCAGGCCACGCUGGCUCAGGAGACCGCUACCUCUUCCCCGAACACACGAUCCUAGAAUGGCUUCCCGCCGAGAACACAGUCAUCGCCUCAUUCCUAGUCGUUCGAAAAGUCGACCCAAACACACCCUUCCCCCUCGAAACCGCCACAGAAGCUGCAGCCAAAAGCAAAGCCAAAGGCAAGAGCGCAUCCAAAGCCAAGGGCGACAAAAAAGUGAAAGAUGAAAAGGGCCAGCAACCAGCGCAAACCUCUACCCCAACCCAGCCAGCCCCAACCGACACACCCCAAAAACAAGAGCCCACAGACCCCGCCACACCAGGUAUGCCCGGUACACCCUCCGAGGCCAACUUGAAAGAAUACUACCAGCCGGUAACAUUCCGCAUUCACGCCCCGAAUGCUAAGAUUCUCGAGCCGCUGGCCCGCGUAGUCAAGCCGGCGGACGAGGUUCGGAAAUACAUGAAUGAAAUCAUGGACCGCGCUGAACGCUCUCCGGAUGGAUACCUGGCGAUGCAGCUUCCUCAUGAGCAGGCUCAGGAGUCUGUGGAUGGUGAAGCGACGCCCGUUUCUUCUGGUGCAGGCACCAGAAGCCGUCUUUCGCGUGUUCAGCUGGCGGAGGAGUCGGAGGUGGAGAGUACUGGGUUUGAAUUCGAGGAGGAAGACGAGGAUGAUUUGAAGGAGUUUUAUGAUGCUCCCAGUGGGUUGGCGCCGAUGGCGUAA